GGCCUUUUGCGUAGUGGCCAACGAAGUUCGACGAUUACUCGGCUACAAGGAUGACGAUGAGGAAACAGACGACAGGUUGGCCACGGCUGUGGGAUGGCUUCAACGACCGCAGCUGAUGUUGGGCUUUGAGGACCAGCUGCGCUGCUGCGCCCUGGCACGCCAAGCCACCAAGGGCGACGCGCCCAAGGCCGCGGUCCCUGAGUCCGAGCAGAGCUUCAGCGCGGCGCAGCAGCGGAGCUGGGAGAUGUGCCGCGGCAUGGCCAAGGCUGAAGCCUCUGAGGCAUUGCUGCAGGAACUUGCAGAUAAAGAUCCCACCUUUCGCAAGGUGGUUCCACCUGCAGCUCCGGAAGCCGUACCAGAGAAGCCAUUGAACGAUUUUGUUCAGGUCUUCUGUGAACUCUUCGAAUUCCGCCUUCCCUCGGACCUGGACGCGCGCGCUCUGAAGCUGCGCAAGCGCGCCUUCUGGGCCUCGCUGGCCGUGGUCUUCUACGCCGUGGUCUGGCGCCACUGGGUGCGCCGGAAGCCGCUGACCAUUGUCCGAGCGGUCACCAAUGCGGGCGUGUCCACCCUGUCCACCUAUUUGGCCAUCCUGAAUCUGGGUCUUCCCGCGCCCAUCUACGCUCGUCUGCACGCGCGCCUCCCUGCCUGGCUCCGCAGCACUGCCGGAAGCAACGCGUUGCCGGGCGCCGCCGGGCGCUUGCUGCGCUGGCUGCUGCAGCUGCUUCUCCCGCCCUUACGCCGUCCGCUGAUGAUCACUGCUGGUGCCCCAUGAUGGGAAGGCACCUUUUCGUAGACAGUAUGUUCUUCAUGGAAUUGGGUUAUUGUUG